AUCUAAUAUCUUCUUAGGAAUGAGAUGCAUUAAUACGUCAUGUCUUAGUUAAGAAAGCUUCCAAAAUAUUUCCCUUUGAGGAGGCGCAGUAUUUGAAUCGCUUGAAGUGUGGCUAAUAAAUGGUCCAAGCGUCGUCGGCUCGGAUAGGUCACCGAGAGUUCUCGGGCAUAUGCCGUGCAACCCACCAAGGCAAUCCUUCUGCCACCGCGAUUCUCGGCAAGCUUCUUCGACAGCCUGAUCUAUGCCGAAUAGCUACUUCGAUAACCCUAAUUCACAGCCUCGCGGUACGAGCUCUCCUAGAUGAUCUAGAACAAGAUUCAACUGAGGAUCUAAUGGUUCCAUACAUCCAUAAGUCGAUCUCAGGCAAUCGCAAGUUUAGCCAAUCUCAAGCUGAGGAUCUCGCCUGUCGAUUCUCACUGUUGUCUAAUUGGACGAGCCUCUUCCCCCAACAAGAAGAACCAGAUUCCACACAUGGCAGGGCUAUUUAUCCUGUUGUUAAGGUACAUAAUGAUGGGCCUGGCCUGGACCUGUUUACACCACGAGGUAGAAACUGGCAUCCCAUCCCAUCCGGAGUUGGACCAGGUUCACCCGAAUACGAGCACAAGCCCUAUCCCAUCCCCAAAGCCCUCUCCCUCACCAAGACACGAUCUCUCGAUAUCAAUCGCCAGACCCGCCUAUACCAAUUAUUUCGGGACAACGCUCCCUAUAUAGACUACCUGUGGACUAUAGCUGUGUAAAAAGCCCAGUUCUCAGAUCGUACGACGGUGAAAAGCUUCACCAAAGAACCAUUCAUCACAUAAUAAUGCACCUUAAUAAGUAGUUGCGCGGAAUGGC